AUGGAUGUUAGAUGGAAUUCCACAUACCUGAUGCUUAAACAUUUGAUGCCACACAAGGAUAUCUUUUCUGUGUUCAUUAACUCUCAUUAUGGUUCAGAAUUGUUGACUAGAAAUCAUUGGUAUGCUACUGAAAAGGUAAUGGAAUUUCUGGAACUCUUCUAUGAUUCAACUGUUGUUCUAUCUGGUGUUUAUUAUCCCACAAGUCCACUUGUUUUGCAUCAUAUCUUAGAAAUUGCUUCUCAUUUGCAUGCUGCUGAAAGAGAUCAUAACCUUAGAACUAUUGUUGCUCCAAUGAAGCUUAAAUUUCUUAAAUAUUGGGAGGACAUACCACUGCUUUAUUCAUAUGCAUUCAUACUUGAUCCUAGAGCUAAGAUGAGAGGAUUCUUUAAUGUGCUGGAAUUACUUGCUGAAAGUAUUGGAUGCACUUACAGUUCAUACUAUGCUGAUGUUAAAAUUGAAUUGUAUAAACUGUUUACAAAAUAUGAGAACAAGUUUGGUGCAGCUAGAUCUCAAAGGGUUGCACAGCCAUCAGCUCAAUCAGGUAAGAAAAAGCAGGCAUGGGGAAGGAUCUUUGGAGGCCGUGGUGGUUCUGGUUCAGGUGUUGUUGGUCCUCCUCCCUCUUCCACUUCAUGUUCAUCUUCCUCUGCUGUUAGUGAGCUCUCUGCUUACUUAGAUAGUGAUUGUGUCACUGCUUAUGAUGAUGACUUUGACAUACUUCUUUGGUGGCGUGACCAUAAGCUAACCUAUCCAAUCCUAUCUAUAAUGGCUAGAGAUAUCAUGUCUGUUCCUGUAUCUACUGUCUCUUCCGAGUCUUGUUUCAGUUUAACAGGAAUGAUCCUUGAAGAGCGGCGACGGCGCCUCUUGCCAGAGAACGUGGAGAUGCUUACCUGCAUCAAGGAUUGGGAGUUAGGGGCAAGAAGAGAACAGCAUGAAGCCGAGGACACAGAGCUGGAGGAAGCAUUCAAGAACCUCUUUCUUGAUGAUGAAGGAGCUGGUGGUGGUGGGGCUGUGAGCUGA